UGCAAAUUUUGACCACAAUGACCAGAAAAAGGGCUUUUAUUUUAUUUUAGUAUAUGUAUGAUUUGUCAACUCCGUUCAUAUUCCUCUUUCUCCAACCUUACGCAGUUGUACAGACCGAUCAAUUGGACGGUUCAAUAUACCACAAAGCAAUAUUUUGGAUCGAGAUUGGAACCAAAAUUAUGUACCCGAAAUUGAAAGCUAAUCACGAAGCUGGUAAAUACAAGCAGAGGAGUUCUUGUCUGAACUCGAACUCUUUCCAAUCUCCUGCCUCUGAGAAUAACCAAGAAGAUGAUAUGCAAAUAUAUGUGGCCAAGAUUCCUAAGAUUUACAUACCUAGUGUCCUCAUCUCUGAAAGUGAAUCCACCACUGAAAUGAAUAAACCUAUCAGAGUAUCUGACAUUGAAGUAAAACACAAACCCAAAGCCAGUCCGAUCCUACGCCCCCGCGCUGUUGUAUCAAGUCCCGACAAUGAUGCAAUGAUCGGCAACAUAAACAAGAUUGAAGAAAGGAAAGCUAAGAAGGUUUUGAAGAAUGGUGAUCAUAUCAAGAACAGAGCUUCUCAGCCUAAGAAUGUUAGUACUACCAAUGUGAAGAUUUCUCAUCGUAUAGUCGCUAAGCAAUCGGGAGUCAGUUCAAAGUGAAUCACAAAUGAUCAAACUUUUUAUAUUGAUGAUGCUUCAGCGAGACAGGAACUAUAUACUUCAGUUACUCUACUCAAAUAACGUUUUGAAAACGUGAUUCCGCUAGACUAGUUUUUAUCAUUCUCAACAUUUUAUUUCCACAUUUUGUAAAGUGGUUUGUUAUAUAUAUGAGACGCAUGUUAAUUGAAAAGAAAAUGAGAAGUCUGCAAAUUUAGUCUUUCAUAAUCUUA